GGUUUUUAGAAUUAACUAAACGUAUUGGGCCUCAAAUAACUAUCGAAACCUCUUCUGAUUUGGGUUUUAGCUUCCGAGUAAAACGGCGCCGUGUUGGAAGCAUAUCUUGAACGGACGGCAGAACUCGGAGUCGGAGAUCGUACCGGAGGACGGCGAAUCUUCCAUCUACUGUCCUUUCGUUUUUUAUACGCGUCAAAUGAGUCUUUAACUUCAGAUUAGCUCUGUAAACAAUCGCGAUUAGUCCGGAUUGCAUCUAAGGAUUCGUUGAUGGCGGCGUCGUGGCAGUGGGAAAAUGCCACCGCCGGCGCCGUCGCUGGAUUCGCCACCGUAGCUGCUAUGCACUCUCUUGAUGUUGUUCGUACGAGAUUCCAAGUCAACGACGGAAGAGGGUCAAGUCUGCCGACGUACAAGAACACUGCUCACGCUGUCUUCACCAUUGCCCGUCUCGAGGGUUUGAGAGGGCUUUAUGCAGGCUUCUUCCCUGCAGUUAUCGGUUCUACUGUUUCCUGGGGCUUAUACUUCUUUUUUUAUGGAAGAGCCAAGCAGAGGUACGCUAGAGGCAGGGACGAUGAGAAACUCAGCCCUGCUCUCCACCUUGCUUCUGCUGCUGAAGCAGGGGCCUUGGUCUGUUUAUGCACAAAUCCUAUUUGGCUUGUCAAAACAAGGUUACAGCUUCAGACACCUCUUCAUCAAACUCAACCAUACUCAGGGCUAUUAGAUGCCUUUAGAACCAUAGUGAAAGAGGAAGGACCCAGGGCGCUCUACAAGGGUAUUGUCCCUGGUCUUGUACUGGUUUCUCAUGGUGCUAUUCAGUUCACAGCUUAUGAGGAACUCCGUAAAAUCAUUGUGGAUUUGAAAGAAAGGAGAAGAAAGUCCGAAUCCACUGACAAUCUAUUGAACUCAGCAGAUUAUGCUGCACUUGGUGGCUCCUCCAAAGUCGCUGCAGUUCUUCUUACGUAUCCAUUUCAAGUUAUACGAGCACGAUUACAGCAACGACCUAGUACCAACGGAAUCCCAAGAUAUAUAGACAGCUUACAUGUCAUCAGAGAAACCGCGAGAUAUGAAGGUCUCAGGGGUUUCUACAGGGGACUAACGGCUAAUCUUUUGAAAAAUGUACCUGCGUCUUCCAUCACAUUCAUCGUCUAUGAAAACGUUCUGAAAUUGCUAAAACAGCAUCCAACAACAAAAGAUUAGACUCUUCCUCUUCCUUUACCGUUAUUUCUUAGACUCAACACGCACGCGGUUGACUUGUCACUCCCAAUACUAGAGAAUUAUUCUUUGAUAUACAUAUAUUUUAUGUGCGUUCCAUGGUUCUAACUUUUACGAUCACAGCUAAAAGUAACACAACAAACCGAUUCAAUAUGGGAGAGAUCUGUUGAAUAAGAGAAGAUAGAUGGGCUUAUAGUCUCCCUCUGCUAUUAGGGCCCAAUAAGUUUCGAAUGGCCCAUAAAUCGGUAAGAUAUGCGAAAUCAGGCGCCGAGUGUAGUAGUAGCUAAGGAUCUGUUUCCAAAAUCAAGAUCAUGUAGAGAAAUAAAUGAUAGUUAAUGCUAAUCAUUUUUAAUAUAUAACGAAAUUAA